ACACAGCGCGGGGAGGGACUGUCUGGGUGAUGUGAUGUGGAUGUAGACUAGGCUAUUGAACUGAACGUCUAUCCUCUCUAUAUGACACCAUGAACCCUGCCUCGGGCGGCGCUGCCGACUCCCGCAGCCAGCUAGACAAUAGCAACAGAAAGCAGCAGCAACAGCGCGCUUCCUCCCCGGCUGGCGGCAAAGUCAUUGGAUCUAAAGAGACACCGAAAAGCAGCACUCCGUCAAAGAUCAUCACGUCAAAGCAGUGCGGAGGAGGGAGAGGCAGCCGUGGCAGCUCGCCGGUCUCCACGGCAACCAGCAAAGACAGACUGUCUUCUUCUUCUUCCAAAGGCGCGGCAAGCGCGGCAGGCGCGGCCCCUGUCCAGUCCGAUGGUGCUGAAAUCCAUACAUUGACCAGGGCGGCGGCGGCGGCUGGGAGCGGCAGAGGAGCGGCAGAGGAGCGCAGUAGUCCGUCUGAAGACUCGCGUUGUACUGAUAUAUCGUGUUUGAAGGGGGAUACAACCCGGGUUGUUUCUGAUCAGCCUUGUUCAUCAAAAUCUUCUAAAUUGAAGAACAAUAACCCGAGAGGAGGGGGAGGAGAAGGCGAGGCUAGCAGCACAGCGACCGGAAACAAAAAGAGCUCCGGCAAGAGCAGUGUGGGCUGCGGCCCUGGCUUCUGGAGAGAGGGAUGUUUGCAGUCGGAGCUGAUCCAGUUUCACCUGAAUAAAAGCUUAAAGAAAGGAGGAGGAAAGAUGAAGGCGAAGACACCGUCUCCCCCGGAGCCGGUCACGGAAACGGCGGAACCAGAGGAUCUCUCCCCUGAGGCCAUCGUUAACGAGCCCGAACCGGUACCUGAGCCCGACCAGCUAUUUCAGGAGGAGAUAGAGAAACUGGAGGAUGAAAACGAUGAACUAAAGACUGAGAUAGAGGAGAUGAGAGCGGAGAUGGACGAGAUGAGAGACACGUUCUACGAAGAGGACGCCUGCCAGCUGCAGGACAUGCGUCGCGAGCUGGAGCGAGCCAAUAAGAACUGCCGGAUUCUCCAGUACCGUCUGAGGAAGGCGGAGAGGAAGAGGAUGAGGUUCGCUCAGACCGGAGAGGUAGACGGAGAGCUACUGAGGGCCCUGGAGCAGGACUUGAAGGUAGCGAAGGACGUGUCAGUGCGUCUGCACCAUGAGUUGGAGAAUGUGGAGGAGAAAAGGACGAAGACGGAGGAGGAGAACGAGAAACUAAGGCAAAAGCUGAUAGAGGUGGAGGUGACCAAACAGGCCCUGCAAAACCAACUGGAGAAGGCCAAGGAGCUGUCACUGAAGAGGAGAGGAGGCAGGGAUGUUCAGAAGGACAAAAGGAUUCCACAGACUCCAAUAGAGGAGGACAACGAAGAUCUGAAAUGCCAGCUCGCCUUCAUCAAGGAGGAAGCCAUUUUAAUGAGGAAGAAGAUGGCUAAAAUUGACAAGGAGAAGGACCGGCUGGAACACGAGCUGCAGAAGUACCGCUCUUUCUACGGGGAUGUGGACAGCCCUGGGCCCAAGGGAGAGGCUGGAGGACCAGCCACCACCCGGGAGUCAGAGCUGAAACUGAGACUGAGACUGGUGGAGGAGGAAGCCAACAUCCUAGGGAGGAAGAUCGUAGAGCUGGAGGUGGAGAACAGAGGACUGAAGGCUGAACUGGAGGACAUGAGAGACAGGGAUGAGGUGGCAGGAGGCUCGUCUGAGCACGGCUGCAGCAGGGAGCAGGGAGAGGAACUCAGGGAGCUGAGACAGCAGCUACAGCUGGUGGAGGACGAGGCAGAGCUGCUUAGGAGGAACCUGCAGGACGCAGAGGAGGACAACAACAAGGUGACGGGGGAGCUGAACAAGCUGAAGUACAAGGAGGGCUCCAGGCACGGCGCCGGGGGUGGAGGGGGUGGCGCCGGGGCGGCUGCAGACCGGGCCAAGGUGGAGGUCCUGCAGGAGGAGCUAAAGGCUGCCAGGCUGCAGAUCAACGAGCUGAGUGGCAAGGUGAUGCAGAUGCAGUAUGAGAACCGGGUCCUGCUGUCCAACAUGCAGCGCUACGACCUGGCGUCACACCUGGGCAUCAGGGCCAGCCCCCGGGAAAGUGACGCAGAGAGUGACGGAGGAGACGACGCCUCCACCUCAUCGCGCUUCCCACCCCACCGUAAACGAGAAGGCCCCAUCGGAGGGGAGAGCGACUCGGACGAGGUGCGUAACAUCCGGUGCCUGACCCCAACCCGCACCCUCUUCUCCCCUGAGGGCCGUUUCCUCCCGCGCAGCCUGAAGGACCGGCAGCAGAUGGUAGACAUCCGUAUAGAAGCAGAGCGGCUGGGCCGGACCGUCGACGGGCUGAUAGCGGACACUGGUACCAUCAUGGCUGAGGCCCGGGUCUAUAUGGUCUCCAACGGGGAGCUUUACGAGGAGGAAGGGAGCGCCGUCAGGGAGCACGAGUUGUUGUACAGGAUCACCGCUCAGAUGAAGGCCUUCAGGAAGGAGCUGCAGGGUUUUAUAGACAGACUGGAUGUCCCCAAGCCAGAGGACAAAGAGGAGGAGGAACCACUGUCUAUGUUUCAACCCAUCAUUCUGCUCAUCCUCAUCCUCGUCCUAUUCUCUUCACUCUCCUACACCACCAUCUUCAAACUCGUCUUCCUCUUCACUCUCUUCUUCGUCCUGUAACAUCCGUCUCACUUUGACAUAGACACAUUUUUGUUUAGUCAUAUUUUUUAUUUUUUAUUUUGGAAUAUUCCCAUCUAAGGUCACAAGUGAUACGGGACACUAUUCCAGGUUUCAGCAGUUACUAUUUACAAGCUUUCAACACACACUGGAGAAGACCACACACCUCUGGGACUGAGACACUGGAGAAGACCACACACCUCUGGGGCUGAGACACUGGAGAA